AGUUGCACCGUGACCUGGGACCCUGGUUACGGCUAUGAUAAUCGUGAAUUUGCCGCGGACCCAAAAGUACACCAUCGGAAGGGAAAUUGGCGUUGUUGAGUUGCCAGUAUUGGCCCGCUAUCUUACCGCCUUUGCUAUUGUCCCUCGCGCAUACUCCUUUCUGUCAAAAUACUUAAGCGGUGAAGACCGCCCCUCCAUCUCCCUGAGCAACUUGCCCUCUCCUUCCACCACAACCUCACAACCUUACCAAACAUGGCUUCCCGUCCCCAGAACAUCGGCAUCAAGGCCAUUGAGCUGUACUUCCCCAGCCAGUGCGUCGACCAGACCGAACUCGAGAAGUUCGAUGGUAUUGCCGCGGGCAAGUACACUAUUGGUCUGGGCCAGACCAAGAUGUCCUUCUGCGACGACCGCGAGGACAUCUACUCCUUCGCCCUGACCACCGUUUCUUCUUUGUUCAAGAAGUACAACAUCGACCCCAAGUCCAUCGGUCGCCUCGAAGUCGGCACUGAGACCCUCCUCGACAAGUCCAAAUCGGUCAAGUCCGUUCUCAUGCAGUUGUUCGACGAGAGCGGCAACCACAACGUUGAGGGUGUUGACACAGUGAACGCAUGCUACGGCGGCACCAACGCUCUGUUCAACUCUGUCAACUGGAUCGAGUCUUCUGCUUGGGAUGGCCGUGACGCCAUUGUCGUUGCUGGCGACAUCGCGCUGUACGCCAAGGGCAAUGCCCGUCCCACUGGUGGUGCUGGCUGCGUUGCCAUGCUCAUCGGCCCCAACGCUCCCAUUGUUAUGGAGCCCGGCAAGCGAGGCUCAUACGUCAGGCACGUAUACGACUUCUACAAGCCCGACCUGACGAGCGAGUACCCUGUUGUCGACGGUCACUUCUCUGUCAAGUGCUACACUGAAGCCGUGGAUGCCUGCUACAAGGCCUACAACGAGCGCGAGGCAACACUGAAGUCUCUACAGAACGGUAACGGCGUCAACGGUCACUCUGAGGAGCAAGAGACCCCUCUCGACCGUUUCGACUACAUGGCUUUCCACGCACCCACCUGCAAGCUCGUCUCCAAGUCGUACGCGCGUCUCCUGUACAAUGAUUACCUGCAGAACCCCUCCAACCCCAUCUUUGCUGAGGUUCCUGCUGAGAUGAAGGAUAUUCCUUAUGAGGCCUCCGUCUCCGACAGGAACAUCGAGAAGACUUUCAUGGCUCUCGCUAAGAAGCGCUUCGCUGCCCGCGUCCAGCCCAGCAUUCAGCUCCCCACCAUGUGCGGAAACAUGUACUGCGGCAGUGUCUACGCCAGCUUGUGCAGCUUGCUGUCGAACGUUGACAGCCAGACCGCACAGGGCAAGCGUAUUGCUCUGUUCAGUUACGGAAGUGGUCUUGCAUCUUCUUUGUUCUCCUUCACUAUCAAGGGCAGCUACGAGCAGAUUGCCAAGUCACUCGACGUUCAGAACCGCCUGGAUGCCAGGCGCGUUGUUGCCCCUGAGACCUACGAUGCCAUGUGCGACCUCCGCAAGCAGGCUCACCUUCAGAAGAGUUACACCCCCAAGGGCGAAGUUGAACACAUUCUGCCUGGCACUUACUAUCUCGCCAACGUCGACGACAUGUUCCGCCGCACCUACGAGAUCAAGCAGUAGAUACCCCAAGAUCUCUCACCUUUACUCAUUUCUUUGCUGCAUUCUGGGCAUUUGCAGGAGUCAUUUGCAUGAAUCGGCAUAGACUCUGGUCAGGGCAGCAUCAUCUUUUCAGGCGUCCAGAAGAAUAUCUGGGAUUUAUAGACCGUAAAGACCUGUCAAACCCCGACUAAUUUGAGACUGCUUUACGAUCGUUACGACGGAUGGAAUGGAUUCAAUUGGCAGGAAACGACAGACAUGGUUGUCGAUGUCUCAUGACAGUUCAAAAGAGCUUAGCCAUUUUAAUAUACACUUCUCGCGAAGUUUUGUUGUAGAAAGCUGAAUACAAAGAUACUUACAUGGACUA